UCCCAGGGGCCACCACGGCCAGCAGACUGGGUUCCAGCACGGCAAUCCUGGCGGGCCUCCGCACGGGCAGCCUCAGAGGAUGCCGGGGAUGCCAGCAGCUGCGCACGGCAUGCCUCACCACGGGAUGAGCGGCCGGGGCCACAUGAUGCACGGCGACGUCAGCGCCACGCAGGAGUACGGCGGCCCUGGGCCGAUGCCGAUACGGCCACCGCCGCAGGCGCCGCCGCAGGACAACAAGUUCUUCUGCAUGCCGGGCUUCUGCUGCCACAAGAGGGACGAGAGGGUGGACGAUAGCGCGAUGGACCAGCCCGUGCACGAGUACCACGAGUACGCGAGCAUGCCGUUCCACGGGGCCGGUACGGUCGAUGACGUCGAGAAGGAGACGGGCGUCAGCCUCGGAGCGAGGCUACGCUCCUGCAUGUGCCUCGUCUGCUUCGUCACCGGCGUGGUCGCGCUGGCCUGCUACAUGAUGGCGGAGUCUCCGGUCCCGCUGAACAUACCAGCGACGGGACCACUUCCCGCAUUCACUGUAGACUUGUGGCUGUACUCCGCGGUGGUUUUGAGCCUGAUCGCAGCGUUCUGCGUCUGCUCGCCCUCCGGCGGCGACCAGCAGCCCUCGCAGGGAGGCGGCUGCGCCCAGUGCUUCAGCUGCCUGUUCUGCGUCGGCGUCCUGGCCGUGGUCUGCUGGCUGCUGCACACGGGCGUCCUGCCGCUGCCCGGGCAGCUGGUCGCGCCGGGCGCGGCCGUGGGCGGUCCCAACGCGACGGCCGCCGCGGACGCGGCGUCUUGUCGCCUGACCCUGGAGGGCCUGGAUUGGGCCGCGCUGUCCGCGAACGUGACCAGCAUGAUGGAGGUCCAGGAGGCCAUCAAGGAGGGCGUAGCGCCCACGCUUGGGGUCGACCUGGCCGACGUGGAAGUGGAUCUGUCUCCGGGCUCCGUGAUCGCGGACCUCGCCAUCCGCCCCCCGGCCAACGCCUCAGCGGCCGGCCUGCAGCAGCAGCUGGCGGCGUCCUCGCAGGACCUCCAGAGCGCGGUUGCCGGUUCGCUGUCCGCCAGGGCCGAGCAGUUCAAGGACUCCGUCGUCGGGGACAUCUCCGUGAGCAGCGUGGACCUGACGCCGCACCUCGGCGCUGCCGUCGCCGACGCCGGCGCAGCGGCGGCGGGCGCCGGCGCAGCGGCGGCGGGCCACGUGGACAGCCACGUGUCGAACGCCCUCGGGUGGGCCGGCGGCGUCGCUGGCCACGUCCACCACCACGCCAAGAAGGUGGUGGACCACGUGAAGAACAGCUCGCUGCUGGAGAGGACGCAGGACGCCCUGGAUCAGACCGGCGAUUGGGCCGCGGACGUGUCCCAGGCGGGCGGGGGCGCCGCGGUGGGCCAGAGCCUGUG